AUGGCUACCUGGGAUGACGUGGAUCAGGCGCUGAACUCCAUGAAAAUCGUGUCUCUCAUCAGAUUCCGUGGAGGUACAGCACAGGAUCGGUCGGGCGAGAUGAAGAAACUGCAUCGCAACGGAGAAUUUCACCCUUUCUAUACCAAAAUAGAGGGCAUUGAGUCAGCCGUAUGGCUCUACAAAGGGCUUUGUAAAGACCCUAACGCCGUGGAGGAUAUCGACUGGAACAGGAUUUGCGAACUUACCAAGCUUGGCAAUGACUUGGGAUAUCGCUCUGUUGGAAUCAUCACUCUCCCCGACCCAUUCGACGCAACUUACACAACCUACGAAGUCAGCAAGGAUCAGCUUGUCAUCAACUUGCUUCCCGCCUUCUUCAAAGAACGUUUUGAGUUCCCUGUCCAUUUGAAAGGUGAAAAGUCACUUCAGUGGAUUGUAGAGGCUCAUGCGCGGCAUGCGUGCGUCAUAAACUGGCCUGAGGGUGCAGAAAAUGAAGGCCCAACCUGUCUUCCACACCUGCCCAAUACUGUCAAUGAACUCGAGCUGUGUGGCAUGCCAAAGAUCUUCCGCACCAACGUGCCCUGGAGAGAUGGGAGAGAUGGGCGCGACACUCGCGGUCACUGGGUACACGAAUUUGUACAAAAUCUGCGCGAGGUAAAGAUACUGACCUUUUCCGGGUCUGACCAGGACCCUGAGUGUCUGUUGCGUCUCAAAGGCUGGACGGGUCAAUUGUGUAUCAAGGAUGGAUCGGGGAGAGAGAUUAUAGGUCAAUUGUGUAACAAGGAUGAAUCGGGGAAAGAGAGUAUUGAAAUAGACAAGAGGGAUGAUGGUAAGAAAUGGCGCCGAAUUAAUGCUUUUCGCAAAGCAUUCCGUCGUUAA